GCAAUCCUUGGAGAGUGCGUUACUGACGACGUCUACCGACCCAGAUAUGGAUUCACACAAACAAUGCCACAGCUCAUGGUCAUUGGCCCUGCUCCGAGUAAUUCGAAUGCUCGCGGGACUCUGCAAUGAGGUCUGUUGUCUGUGUACGAAAGCUCCUCUUCGAUGUCAUCCGCAUGAAGGCGAACGUCAGGCGCACACGCUGCUCUACCUACUAUGGCACCUGAGCAGCAUUCGUGCCUCGCAACGCACAGCGCGGCUUUGGUUAUUGCUAGCCGACAUGCGAUCGUGAACUCCAAGUCUUUAUCGCCUCACGGACGUCAGCAGGCCGCAAUCUGUGAUGCGUAUUGUCAUAGCAUCUACGCAUGAGGGAAUUGCUAAUGAUUGCAGCUUGACGAGCUCGUGCCUUGCUCUCAGCCUUCCUGCUGUGUCCCGCUAGGAGGUGCGAGGCGCAUGACGAGUCUAGCAUUCCGUGACUGAACGC